CAGUGUUAACUUCCGGGUCUACAGUGUCAGAAACGCAAAAGAAAGGCGGAUCCCGGCUCCUGUAGCUUCUUUUGAAACUUUCCCCUAAACAAUUAAAACCUUAAUGCGCUAAAGUGCGUCAGGUAACGAAUAUUCGGCUUGUUUGAGACUAUUUUAUCCCCGAAGAUAAUCGAAUUGCCAUUUAGCCUGCUUGAUCGCACAGGAAAGCAAAAGCUUGAGAACAUACGCAAGCUAGCAAGCUAUUGUGACAGAAAGCUCGGGCGUAAGUUAGCUAGUUGGCUAGCUGCAUAAGUGGCUCUGUUUUACCAAGGGAAGCUCUAAGAGAACAGAGGUAAGACUACGAACAUGGGGGAUUUGGACCUGAUGUGGGCUUUGAAAAAUGGAGAUCUGGAAGAAGUGAAGAAUUUACUUGUUAAGGACGAAGAUGUGAACAGGACCCUGGAGGGCGGGAGGAAGCCCCUACACUACGCUGCGGACUGCGGCCAGGCCGAGAUGAUCGAGUUCCUCCUCUCCAAGGGAGCAGACGUCAAUGCCCUGGACAAACACAAAAUCUCUCCGCUGCUUUCCGCCAUUUACGAGGGCCACGUCAACUGCGUCAAGAUCCUACUAGCGAAGGGAGCCGACAAGACCCGGAAAGGACCGGACGGGCGCAGCCCCCUGGAGGCGGCCGAGACCGAGCCCAUGAAGGCCCUCCUCAAGUGAGAACGGAGCGGGGCGGCAGGGGGGGGAGGAACAGACGGACGGACAGACGGGCACGCCAGCCGCUGGACAGACGAGACGGACAGACUCCUUCCCCUGGUCUCCGUCUGCCCCCUGCUUCGCCUGUUCAUGGGGUCUGUUUGUGGCGGGGGAGUAUCCCCCCCCCCAAGAGAUUUUUUUUCCCCUUUUUGGGUAGGGAGGGGUGGGGUUGGGGAGUACGGGGUUUCUUCUUGCCUGUUCUUUCAUUAGUCAUUGAAUGGAUCAAUCCCUUAAGGACCAAACACUGAGGGACAACAGCACACACACAAGACCAUGAAUUCCAUGCUUCAAAUAAUGCAACAAAAAAAAAAGACUUUGAUACUGACUGGAGUAUAAACGUGUGUGAUAUUAGCACUUGUCUGUCUGCUGACUUUCUAAAUUUGUGUUUUCUCAAUUUUAGUGAAGGGGAAAGUGGGCACAGGUGACACACUUGUGUUUUUAUAUCUUUAAAAAAGUACUGUAGGGCCACAGGUUUGAUAGGAACAAGAACAGUCGUUAUAAAGAAGAAAAGUGUUAUGAUAUCCUCUGUAGUGCCCCUCCCUGCCGGCCUUGUGACUGAUCAGGGGUCAGUUUUCAGUGCUAUAGUUGUUGGGUUUAUUAGGAAGUGAGGGAGGAAGCUGAUCUGGGAAUGAAACAGUGUUCAGCUUCACCCCUUAUUCCACCGACCACAUCUGGGCAAUUGCAUUUAAAAAAAUAAACUGGGGGGUGUAUGUAAUAAAUAGACGAUUUAAUUUGACUUACGGACUCACCCCAGAGUCAAAUAUCUGUGAGCUCUGACCAAAUUAGAUUUUGCAAUCAAAAUCAAUGGCAGAUAUCAUGUGAUCAGCAGCACAGGGUCAUGGGUGUUGAUUGUCUUUUUUUUCUCUUUUUAACCAAGUGAAUGUCCUGUUUGUCACUGCUUAAUUUCCUCAUUUCAGAUGGUUGCAUUAAGCAAUAGAGUGCAAGGAGUUGAGAUGUGUGUGUCUGUGUCUGGCCAGUGUAGAGGCUGUGGUUUUUGGUGUGGUCAGUGGAAUGAGAACUCUCAGCUUAGAGUACUUACUCUGGGUUUAAUUAAAUUCCCUUGAUGGUCCUGCUGCAUGUUGGACCUGCUACUGCUUCUAACCUUUUCAAAAUGGUUGCUCUUUCUCUCUUGGUUGCUUACAAAAAUGAAAAAGAAAUGUAAAAGAAAAAAUGCAACGGUUCAAAAGAUCAAGCUUUAUAUCUGACAUUGUGUGAAAAGUUAAUAAAAGCAAAUAAAAUAAAAAAACAGAACUUGGAAACUU